AUAUCAACCACACCACCAUCCUCACAACACCAUCAACUCAAUGGCUUCUCAACACCACCACCAACUUCUCGUCCACUCCACUCUCCUCUUCCUCUUUCAUCUCCCCUCUCCACUCAAAAUCCAGAAACCCUAGUCCUCCCUGUCCUCAAAGAUAUCAGCAACGGCCAAUACAUCACCUCACUUUAUCAAGGAACUCCUCCAGUUCUCUCCGAGCUCGUCGUCGACAUCGGAAGCAGAUACUUAUGGGUAGACUGUGAGAAUAACGACAACUCAUCAUCUUACCAUCCAGCACAAUGCAAUUCCUCUCAGUGCUCGCUCGCUGACGCCACCACCUGCCGGACCUGCACCGGUUCUCCCAGCCCUGGCUGCAACAACAACACAUGCGGCCUCUUUCCGGAAAACUCCAUCACCGGCUUAAGCACUGAAGGUGAUCUCAUUGAUGAUGUUGUCACCUUUAGGUCCAUUGAUGGCACAGACGCCACUGUCUCUGAAUUUCUGUUUCCAUGCGGAUCAACAAGCUUACUACAAGGUCUUGCUUAUGGUGUUGAGGGCAUGGCCGGGUUCGGUCGUAGGUCAAUGAUCUCAAUACCUUAUCAGUUAUCAUCAGUGUUCAACAUUAAACCUCAGUUUGCACUGUGUCUCUCUCCUUCUUCCUUUUUUAAUGGAUUCAUCUUUGUCGGUAAUAGCGGCAACUAUAACCUCGGCCCGGUCAUUGAUGUUUCAAGCAUUUUGAUGAGAACACCGCUUGUCACAAACCCUGUUAAUGCACAAGGAGAAGCUUCAUCUGAGUAUUUCAUUGGUGUUAGUUCUAUCAAGAUUGACGGGAUAGAAGUGAAGGUGAACACAUCACUGCUGGACAUAGAUGAUCAAGGAGUUGGAGGGACUAAGAUAAGUACAGUGACAGCGUUCACCACCAUGGAGACAAGCAUCUACAAGGCUGUCACCGUGGCGUUCAUCAAAGCAGCUAAAGCUAAGAAGAUGAAGCGUGUGGCUCCAGUGAAACCAUUCAAGGCUUGUUAUAGCACUGAGAGCAUUAACAGCACUAGUGCUGGGCCUGACGUGCCCAAUAUUGACCUGGUUUUAGGGAGGGAGGAUGUGUAUUGGAGGAUGUUUGGAGCCAACUCAAUGGUGGAGGUGAAGUGGAGGAAGGCUUUGUGCUUGGGGUUGGUUGAUGGAGGAUCAAGUCCUCGUACUUCUCUUGUGAUUGGUGGGAAGCAACUGGAGAACAUUUUCUUGGAGUUUGAUCUGUCUACUUCUGUUCUUGGGUUUAGCUCUUCUCUGCUGCAGCGAAACACCACAUGUUCAAACUUAAACACCAAGGGUAUCUGGCCUGAAUUGAAGAGCAGCUACUAAUGAUAAUAAGACUAGCGUGUGUUACUCUCCCAUUGGGCCACAGCAUAUAUUGUGGUUCAGUUUUAAAUUUUUAAUAAAGAGGAGGCUUAUUAA